GUUUCACAAACUCAAACUUCACCUCUGUCGAGAAACAACUUCAUAAAAAUAAACCGUGUUUCAUGUUUUCCAGAAGAUGGAGCUGUUCGUUGCAACUGCUGCUAGGAACCAUGAGCUGACAACGGGGACACAUUUGGACGUGGCACCGCUGUGUUACACUCACACGGGACGUAGCGGAAACCCGUUCCUCCCAGCGCAGAUCUCACAGCACACGGAUGGGCCUCUCACAUCCGGGUUGAACGGGGGCCGACCCUGGCCAAUCACUUGUAACUCCGCGAUGCGUGCGAGCGGCGAGAAACAGUCCGAGCUGCCCCGCACCGUGACUGCAGACAUGGCCGACAAGACGCCGAAGGAGCCCGGGUCCGGCGCGCCGUACGCCACCAGGAUAGACCCGAGCAAGGAUCCCCUCUCCCCGGAACACAUGCACUUCAUCAGGCAGGUGGAGCGCGAGCAGUGGAAGAAGAAGACGGUGAAGCUGCGGGGGAGGAACGCGGUGACGGGGCUCGCCAUCGGGGCGCUCGUCAUGGGCAUCUACGGCUACACUUUUUACUCAGUGUCCCAGGAGCACAUCAUAGAGGAGAUGGAUGAAGAGGCCAGACACGCGAGAGCGCAGGGGCCGAAGACCGGUGCCAACUGAAAUCCACGAGUUGCCUGCCUGUUGUUGGACCGCGUGUCCGUCCUGCACUUAACCAAGAAGGGACUGAUGGUGGACACUGAUGCCACUGAUUCAUAUUCCACGACUGGCUGCUGUUUUUUUUUUCUUUCUCCAUGAUGAAACAACACUGUAGUGGACUUUAUGUUGAUUGUGAAGUUCUGCUGCUGACUUAAAACUGGAUGCGAUGUCAGUGGAAAGGACUAAAUAACCAGACCUUAGCAAGACCCCUUACGUGCUAGACAAAAGGCCCAGAUUGAGGAUAAAUUAAAACCGCUACCUGCCAGGUUUCCAGCCCUGGUGAUCAUGUGAUGUGGGUACAGUUUGAGGGUUAAAUACUAUAUACCAGUCAGCAAAUGUUAACUUUACAGUGGCUUUAACAGCUAAGAAUGACACUGCUGAAACGACACAUGGAUCAACUUGUUGAAUUGUAUUAUUUAUGUCAAACAGAGCGAUUUCUUGAUUAAAAAUCUAUUGUAUUUGA